UUUUUGAUUAAACAAUAACCGCUGCAUUUUUAUGCUAAGGUUUAGUGUUAUAAUUCUGUAAAGAUCGUUGUUUCAACAACAAUCACAAUGAAACGAGCCCAACCUUCUUUUUUACAUGCUAGAGAUAACAGCGUUGACCGCAGAAUGCGUCCUCGACCCAACACGCGAGUCAAUCUCGAGGAACUGUUAACCCACGACAGUGAAUGUUCUUCGACGAGGUCCUCUUCGCUCUCACAUAGUGACUCCCCGGCAUCGUUGGAAUAUGAUGAAGCAGCAGCAGAAACCAGUAAAGACAGCGAAACCGUCAGAGUUUAUCUUCGAAUGAGACCAUGUUCAAAGAACAACCCGUACAGUACCCAUGAAAAUAUGCUGGUUGUCAAAAAUGUGGAUGAAUAUUCACCAGAAAGGCAAUAUAUGUUUACUGAUAUUUUCAACGAUCAACUUUCUCAAGCAGAAGUAUAUGAUAGAUGCAUAAAGUCAGCGAUUAGGAAUAUCACAGGAGACAGAGGUGCGACUUUCCUUACUUAUGGCACUUCUGCAUCUGGAAAAACUUAUACAUUGCUAGGUACCAAUAAUAAUCCUGGCAUUAUUCCACGAGCCAUUGAACAAAUUUUUGUAGAACAAGCGAGCAACAUUUCCCCUCAUCCCAGUCUUAGAAUAGACAGAACAUCAAUAAGUUUUUUAGAUGAUGAUACCGUCUGUGAAGAGCUAAAAAAAGUUGAAUGCAUGAAAUCGAUGUUACAAAACACUGAAACUUGUCAUCCGCUAAUGAAAUCGAAAAUCAGACGAGAGCAUACAUUUCAACCAAAAAAGGAUCCUGAUGUACGUGUAUUCAUAUGGGUAUCGUUUGUAGAAAUUUACAACGAAAAUGUGUAUGAUCUGCUUGCAUUUGAUUCGAUAUUCACUAAACGCAAACCAAUGAAAGUUUUGUCCAAUGAAGGCAAUGCGUAUAUUAAGGAUCUUUCAUGCAUUUUUGCCGGUAGUAGUGAAGAUGCGUUGAGUAUUUUAGAAUUUGGAUUGCAGAGCGCAACUUAUGGAUCGACCGAAGUCAACAGUAACUCUAGCCGAUCCCAUAGUAUUUUUUCCAUAACAGUUUGCUCAUAUUCACUUUCCACUCAACAUGUUAGUUAUUCUGUGUAUAAAUUCUGUGAUCUUGCUGGCUCAGAGCGACUAAAGAAGACAGGCAAUCAUGGUGAACGGUUGAAAGAAGCUCAAAAAAUCAAUACUUCUUUGUUAGUCCUGGGUCGCUGUUUAGAAACAGUUCACAAAAAUCAAAAAAAUAAAAAACUUGCUGAGCUCGUUCCAGUUCGUGAAUCUAAGCUAACAAUGUUAAUACAAUCAGCUCUUCUAGGAAGAGAAAAGCUAACGAUGAUCGUUAAUCUUUUUCCUACGGAAGAAUAUUACGACGAAAAUUUGAAUGUGCUGAACUUUUCCUCAAUUGCGAAACAGAUAGUCUUGCAGAAGAGACCAACUCAAAAGAACAACCGAACAACAAGAUACUCUUUCUUUUUGGCCCAAGCCACUAGCAGUCCGUCCUCUCGCAUCGAUGGCAACCGUCUGAUGGUGGAAAACGAAAUGCUCAAACAGGAACUGUCACAGGAAAUUGCUAUGCAUCGCGAGCAGCUAAGUGAAAAAGAUUUGGAAAUACAAUUGCUAAAGCGAGAACUUCUGAAGCAGGAAUUACAACUACGCAAUGAAUUAACAGAUGAUUUCGAAUCGUAUAGUGCUCAGCGCGAAGCAACAUUUAAAACACGUUUGAAGCAAGCUCAGGAUGCUGCAGCUUUGCCAUACAAACUUCAGAUCUCAAAUUUGAAUACUAAAAUAGAAGACCUCAAAACUAUUAUCGCUGAUAUGGAGUACGAUGAAGAGGAAAACGAAAGGCGGCUUAACGUUUAUAAAGAUGAGCUCCGUAAAUAUCGUGAGAAAGAGCGUAGAGUCAGAAGAUUAUCGUUGUGAGUUGAGUGUCAAA